AUGAAUAGAAAACUUGCUGGAAAUGGCGAAGAAGAAACGAAGCAAUCAGUUGUUGACACAUCCCCAAGAAGAACUGUCAUCAUUUUAGCUCAGCCUCGUUCAGGUUCGUCUCUUCUUGGCGGCGCUUUCAACCAAAAUCCUGAUCUAUUUUAUAUAUUUGAGCCUCUCCACGGAUUAAUGAGUUUUCUACGCCAAGAAAUCGACAAUGCAGAAAGUAUGAAUUUCCUUAGAGGAAUUUUACGCUGUAAGUUCACCUGUGCGAAGUGUCUAAGGCGUUUUAGAUACAAGAGCAACGCACUUUUUGCAUCACUAUUGUGCAAAAUAGAUAAUUCUCCCAAUAAACCGGCCAACAAAUGUGACAAAUUGACCCACAGUAAAAUAGAAAAUGUUUGCAAGUCUAACUAUAACAUAACAGUUGUGAAAUUUCUUACUCCAAGAAUACCCAGAAACAAGGUCGAGUCAUUGUUUCCUCUAUGCAAGUCGACCACCUGUUCGAUGAUAUACUUGGUGAGGGACCCACGUCCAAUGAUCUUUUCGCAAGUAAAAGUAGGCAUAAGAUUUUGGCGGUACUUUGAAGGUCACUCCAAAGACAAUGGCCCUCGACAGUCUUUGAUGCUCUACAGUACCAAGAUAUGUCGACAAAUCGAAGCUAAUUUGAGAACAUUUCAAAACUUCACCGGGCAAAUGAAAGAAAAAUACUUUCUGCUUCGAUACGAAGACCUUACCAAAAAUCUUACUGGAACAUUGAAAAGGGUGUUUGAUCUUACUGAAGUAAGAAUGCAUAAGAACACUCUUGGAUGGGUCAAGAGUCAUACUUCAGAGAAUAACAAGAAUAACGGAGACGCCUUGUCGACAAAUCGGAACUCCAAAGCACAAAUCGAUAAAUGGAGGCUUGAAGUGGAUCCAGAGCUUGUUAACAUCAUAGAGGACAGUUGCCGUUCUGUUAUGUUACUUCUCGGUUAUAAACCUCUUAAUAGGUCAGAGACCGCGCAGUACAACCUAAUUCUGUCCCUUUAUGAUGAUCAAGGGGAACAUUAG